AUGGUUGCAAAAAACCCCUUGACGAAUUGGGAUCCUAAACUUGGCCGAUUCCACAGCAUCUGGGCAACUGAGGGUGGUACGGAGUGGGCCAGUAAAUAUGGCGUUUUACCGGAGUAUGCGGACCCAACACAACUUUUUCAUCCUUAUGGCAAAUCGGCUUUGACACCAAACGCACCUGAUAAUCCGAAAUUGAAGGACGAAAGGAGGAAUCUUCAGAAAUGGCUUAUGUCUGGAUUUUGGCCUGAACUAUUGGAAGAGAUCGGCGCGUAUCCUUAUCAUCUGGACUCUACACCUGUUCUAACUAAUCCUAUUGAUCCACUUUUUGAAAUUCAGCAAUGGCAGCCACACCACACGAGUGACAUAUGGCCAGUACUUCGGAUGGAAUUUCCACCACACAAACCAUUUUUCCCCCUGGAACCAGAUAACACUGGAUUUUGGACGGCUGAGAAUCCUGCGGUCUGGCGACGUUUAGACCAGAUCUUGAGGUUGUGUACAAGGUUCUUAAAUCACUCCGGGGCCACAUGUUGGCUUGAUGCUUUCUAUUUUGGACUUCGCACCGAUGUCCCUGAAGCCCUCGAUCGUCGGUCCACUUGGCAGAAACUCGAACAGGGGCCGUUGAAAUUUUUUCACAAAAGGGAUAUAAGUGUUCGAGAUGAUGCUCAAACGGCAAUAAAAACGGAACAGUUGAAAGCUAUAAUGAAAAAUAGAGUUCAAUUUGGUAUCGGCUCUUCAUUUCUCAUACCCUGGAAUAGGACAACGCCAAAUGGAAUUGGCCUGGGUUGGGAAGGCUACACAAUGUUAUCCACCGAGCGGCAGAAUAGGAAUCACGAAUUUUUCACAGAGAACAAAGCCUGGAUUGACAUUGCUCUCGAAAUGCUUUUACCGCUGUUCAGGAACGAUCUAUUACCAAUAGAGAGAAUGUCUUGUCAAUUCUAUAUCGCCUCAACUUUUUUGCAUGAAUUCGCACACACGCUCAACCAGCUUCAAGACCCUCCGAUGGGACGAACUAUUAUACGAAACGAGCCUGCAUAUGGUGGCGAUGUGGAUGGGAAUGGUGCUGAAGUAUUUUGCGAAUUAGGCUAUUCUUUUGUCAAAGGGCUUCUCGGUGCAAAUCCAAAGUUUCUAAACCCGGCGAACAUUGUUGGUGCUCCAGCAGUCACUUUAUUACUCAGUAAAGAAAUUCCGUCGCGUAAAUACGAUAAAGGAAUCUUCUUGCACGAAGCUGGGGAGGAUAUUACACAGUUUGAGGAGACAAACAAACUUGUACCCAUCGUAUCAAAAUACUAUGAGCACAUACAUACUGACGAGUUUUGGGAACGAAUGGCUAGAAACUUUGGGAUCUCUAUAAUAGUACCUAUACCAGCUCCAGUCUAUGUCGUUGAGCCAGAUCCCGCUCGUCCGGAGUUAUGGAAUUAUGUUUUCAAUGAAUCUAAAAGAGGGUGGAUGUUUAAGGUGGAUGCUGUUGCAUCAAAUGCCAAGUUACUUUCGUCAUUAGACCCUGACGAACGAAAGGCUUAUGAUAUCGCUUUGAUUGAAAAAGACAAUGAGUUCAGUCAACUACGGAGACUCAGAUAUCUCGAUCUAAGGAGCGAUACGGCAUUCCGUGUCAAGGAGUGUAAUGAGGCUUUGGAACAAUAUUUCAAACGAGCGGUGGGAGAUCUGUCAGAUUCGGAAAUACUUCGCCUUCUUCGCUGCUUUGCCGAGACACUAAAACUUGAGGCUGACCAAGAGGCACAAUGCGCCAUUGAUUUCAUGACCGAGCCGGAUCUCACCAAACCGAGCAAUGUUGAAUUCAGCAACUCGUUAUUGGCUACGAAUCGACAAGCGAGAGAAAUGGUCACCAAGGCAAAAGACGACUGCACUCGAGUCGGAAUUGCUACACUUGGAGCCUCUUAUCACGAGUUACGUGCAACCUUUGAUCAGAUUCUGUUUGCAUUGCGAGCUAUAAAUAUUAUUCUCACUGAAAAGGUAAGACCUAGCGAGUAUGAAUCAUAUGAAGAGGUAGUUGCUCGGGUGGGAAAUGCGAUGAAUCCCUACGAGCUUCUACGUUUGUCGACAAGUGAAGCAAGUGACAAAUUAUUGCAUGCAGCUAGCCACAUCACAAAAGCGACACAAGCCAUCAAUGCUUAUUGGGCGCAUGAUUACGACCAAUGCCACGAACUUGGAAGAGAAAUGCUAUCUCAAUUGGAUAUGGAAGGAUAUAACCAAGGAAUAGGAAUGGUAUUGAUAGCUAUGCAUCCUGGGGAAAUCAGACGUAGGUGGUGUUCUCGGCAAGGAUUGCACGUUCUGGGUGUCUUGACCCGAUCAAACCCGACACCUUUUAUGCAGCAAUGGUUGAAGAUUUCAAAACAAGUUUACGACUCUAUUCAAGAUUUGGCUGUAAAUCAUGGCAUUGGGGAUGAAUUAUGCGUGUUGGGGAUCGAUUGA